CGAAGGUAAAAAUAGAGAUAAAUUUAGAAAGCGUAAAAGUAGAGAGAAUGAGACAUUCGAACAGAGAAAAGCACGGCUUGCUAGGGAGCAUGAUCGAAAACACCAAAGAGAGGGUGCGGAAUUAGCUGAACAAUGCGAAGCGCAUUCGCACGUAACCGCAAGCGAAAGUGAUGAAAAGUAG